AUGAUCUAUAGAAUCUCAGACGAGCUUUCAAAACUAAUCAAGUCACAGCAAUAUGUUCAUGAUAGCUACAUUGUAGCCAAGGAAUUGAUUGAGAAUUCACUCGAUGCAGGAUCAUCAAGGAUUUCUGUUGCUAUAACUGAAACUUCAAUUUCUGUUGAAGACAAUGGAUGUGGUAUUGAGGAUCUCGACCUAAUAUGCAAACCAGGGUUUACAUCAAAGGAGGACACAUCCUAUCGUGUUCUUGGCAUUUCUUAUUCAAAUUCGAAGUUUACCCAUGGCUUUAGAGGCCAGGCACUCUCAGCAAUUUCUGAAAUGUGUGAUGUUGAAAUAACAUCAAGAACAAGCCAAAAAACAUUGGGUUUAUGCAAAAACUACACAACAGGAAGGACAGAGAUGAAACCAAGAGAGCAAGGAACAACUGUAAAAGUCGAAAAUAUGUUUAAGCGCUGUCCUAUUAGGCAGCAAUCCAACAGAAAAACCAUUAGAAAAUCUUUAGCCAAAAUCAUAAACCUUAUAAAAGCCUACUUGUAUGUAUAUCCUGUAUAUUUUAAGCUUGUGUUUAAUAGUUGCACAUUAAUUAGUGAAUGUGGAGAUGAAAACACUACUGACAUUGCCAUUUCUAAGCAUGGCCCGGUGCAUUUUGAAAUUAGAGACGAGAAAUUUAAAUUUCUAUUGUUCCCAUUUGAUAAAUCAAGUACCCAGGUCAUCAUGAUUGAAAAAAGAGUUUGUAAAUUCGAGAGGGUUUCCCAGCUGGUAAGCAAGAUAUUUGAAAUGUAUUUUGCAUAUCCCCCUACCUAUAUUUUAACUUUGAGAGAUGAAUGCGAUGUUAAUCUAUCAGUUGACAAAACUGAGGUAAUACUGCGAAGCAGUAAGUACGUUGAAAAUAGAAUAAAAUCAGAACUUGACAGAUACUUUGCCCUAAAGCUGUACAUUCGCGAAACCAGCCAUAUUGAUGAACACUGCAGCACUAAUGAAGAUGUUGUUCAAAACGGUGAUAGCCUUACAAAAAGUACAGCAUCCGAUGAAAAUAAAAAUUUCGAGGUUGCCAGUCAGAUGCACAUGAAAACCAAUACUGAAGCAGAAAGUACUACUUUCGAAGGAAAUAAAAAUCAUCCAGAGGAUACUCUGAAUGGCCAGAGUGUUUUUUCCAUAAAUUGUCUUAAACCUGAAAACACUGUUGAGUAUAUAUCUGCUUCUGAGCAAGACAAAUGUAAUAACAUUGAUGAAGAGCUUGAAACCUUGUAUAGGAGCCAUGCAAACACAAAUGCAGAUGAUGCAAUUGGUUUAAAUGACGAUUGUGGUAGUUCGAACGUCAAGCGAAGUAGGCACGAAAUUGGAAGUCAAAUAUGCUGCAAAACACACUAUGAUCAUGGCAAUAUCGCCAUCAACACAUCAUUGGAUGAUAACAAUAUCAGUAUGUUUGACAGUGUCAUUUGCAGUAGUAUUGGUGAAGUACCCACAAGGAGGAUACAAGACGACACCACAUGCUCUGUUUAUAAUUUUAUUAAAGAGGAAUCACUAGGCCAUUCAAGGCUUGUCUUCGAUAAAAGUGACUUUAAAGAAAUGCAUAUCAUAGGACAGUUCAAUCAAGGCUUUAUUUUAUGUAUUCUCAAAAAAGGCAACUCGACUUUUUUGAUUGCAGUUGAUCAACACGCAGCCGAUGAAAUUUACAAUUUUGAAAGACUCAAAUGUACUUUCAAGCUCAAAAAACAAAGAUUGUUGACUCCAAUUCAGCUCGAGUUUUCACCGAUUCAACGGCUUUUGAUUGAGGAACACAAACAAACCUUGGAAGACAAUGGAUUUGUGAUUUCGGAGAAUUUGCUAUUGUCCUUUCCCGUAUAUCAGGGGGUAUUCUUCUCUGUGGAGGAUUUUUACUCAAUACUUGAUUCUAUCUCAAAAGGCAUCCUCGUUCCUGAAAAAUUCAAAAACAUUAUGGCUUCAAAAGCCUGUAGGUCGAGCAUAAUGAUCGGCACAUCGCUGUCAAUGAAAGAAAUGCGGCGUAUUUUAGACAACUUGUCUGUUCUUGAUCUGCCAUGGAACUGUCCACAUGGUCGCCCCACCUUCAAAGUUCUAUGCGAAAUGAAAAGCAUUAAAAGUUACCCAAACAGUUGA